AUCCCCAAAACACUUUGACAGCGGAAGUUUUGGAAAGUUGGGAAAAGUCCUGACUGCAAAUCAUUAUUUGCAGUUGUUUCAUUUUGAAAACCUCAGCCACUUCGUCAGCAUUUUGGUAAGUGCGAUCGAUAAUCUUUCAUAGUCACUCCGUUUUUAUCUGCUAUACUUAUUUUAGGAACUUUGAAGGAGUAAAGCUCUCUUUGAAAAGCCCAGUAACUGCUUUGUGUGAGCCCUAGUAGUUAUGCCACGCUGUGGAAAAUCGCCGACACGCAAUCCCCAAAGAAAUGAGGUGGCAUUUAAUCUGUCAGAUGCAUUGGCAAAUAAGGAUGACAACUCUAACAAAGAUGGCAAAGACAGCACAUGUAAAGAUGGAAAAGAGAGUAUUAAAGUGCCAAGGGAAUACAAGAUGGUUUUAUCCAAUGUCGAACAAUCAAUGGGAGUGUUUUGAGAAGGAUCAGGAGCCUCCACAGAAGACAAUGAAGAAGAAAAACGUAAAAAAAGUCAGGUCACUUUUGAAGGGGUAGUUGUACAGAAAGCUGACUGUCGACCAAUUCAGCCCAGUGCUGACUACCUGAGUUUGAAAAAGAGGGCAAUUCUUAAUAAAAGUAAAUCAGGACGGCAAGCCAUAACGGUUGACCGUGUUGUUAAAUAUCGUCCAGUGUCCGACCACAAAGCUAAUAUUGAACAUGAGAAGAAAAAGAAAGAAGAUGGAAAGAGAGCUCGGGAAGAUGAAGAUGUCGUCAAAGCAUUACUCUUCAGUGCGUUUGAAAGACAUCAGUAUUAUAACCUAAAAGACCUCAUAACCAUCACAAAACAACCCGUGGCGAGCAUGCGCACAACAGUGGCUUAAUUUUUCUGGCAAGAAUUGCAAAGAGUAGUGACUCUAGCAUUUUUCAAAGAGUUCCGUUUUCAGUUGACAAUUUAUCCGUAUUAAAGUGUAGGUUUAAUCACGAAAAUAAAGUAGCUUCAGAUGACUUGAAAGAAUGAGAAAGGUAAAAAUUUUUUAAAAGCCUCCAACUUCACUUCAUUGUAAAGUGUCUCAAUAUCGAUAUCUUUACAGUUUAAAACAACUUAGUAAUGCAUUGAAAUAGACGCCUUAACUAUUUGGACAACAAUACUUUUUAAUGGAG